AUGCACACAGGGCAUAUCUGCGCACCCACAUCGGCCUUCACCACCACGAUGCGUCUUUUCGAAACGGGCCACGACGAGCUCGUGCACGACAUCAAGUACGAUUUCUAUGGGCGGCACGUGGCCACGGCGUCGUCCGACCAGCACGUCAAGGUGUUUGACUUGGACCCAGACUCGGCCGCGUGGGUGCUCAACGACUCGUGGAAAGCGCACGACUCGCUGGUGUUGAAGGUGUCGUGGGCCCACCCCGAGUUCGCCUGUGCGCAGCUCUUAGCGCUGUGUCUGUACGACCGCAGCGUCAAGGUGUGGCAGGAGCUGCCCGAGGAGUUGCACGGCUCGGGCCGCCGCUGGGCGCGCUUGGCCACUUUGGCGGUCGAGUCGUACGGCCCCAUCUACGACGUGCAGUUUGCGCCGCCGCAUCUCGGGCUCAAGCUUGCGUGCGUCGGCGCCGACGGCAUCGUCCGCGUGUACGAGUCGCCCGAGCCGGCCGACUUGAGUGUGUGGUCGUUGACGGCCGAGAUCCCCAUCUUGACGCUGCAGCUUCCGACAAAGAGUCUCCAGAGCAGCUUCUGCAUCGAGUGGUGCCCGGCCAAGUUCUGUGCCCGCGAGAUGUUUGCCGUGGUGGCGUUGGACCAGGGCUUCGUGUACUGUGCCCGCGAGCAGGACGCGCCCGAGGACACGCCGCGUUUUGCCAAGUUGUGUGACUUGCCCGAGCACAACGGGCUCAUCCGCUCGGUCAGCUGGGCGCCGUCCAUGGGCCGCAGCUACCAUCUCAUUGCCACAGGCUGCAAGGACGGCUACAUCCGCAUCUUCAAGGCCGUGGAGCACGACAAUCUGUUGAAGAUGGACGUGGUGGCCGAGCUCAACGACCACGGCCUGGAGGUCUGGCGCGUGCAGUGGAACCCAACAGGCACUAUUCUCAGCUCGGCUGGCGACGACGGGAAGGUCCGCUUGUGGAAAUGCAACUACAUGAACGAGUGGCAGUGCAUGAGUGAAAUCAACACCAGCAACGGCGUCGAACAGCCGGGCACCGACGAUCCAGAGUCGGCGCAGUUCCGCCUGCCGGCGCCAUAG